AUGGGCGCCUUAUCAUGUCUGGUGGAACUCACCAAGGCUCCGGAUACACUCCCACCCAACACCUACGUUAAACACCCAAAUCUUUCCACGUACGAAAUCUUCCAAGAGCACAACGUCCUCAACCUUGGUCCUAAAGGUCUGCUCGAGGAGGCUAGAGCGAUGGAGAUUAUCUCCCAGCACCCCCACCCCAACAUCAUCCACUACCAUGGCUGCAGAGUCCGUCGUGGCCGCAUCACUGGUCUCGUCCUCGACCGCCACUCCAACACGUUAAACGACCAUCUUAAAAACAAGGUUGGGUCCGUGGACAAGGAACCGUUCAUGCAGGCCCUCAUAUCAGCAAUCGACCACCUCCACUCUCUCGGCUGGGCUCACAACGAUCUUAACCCAGGCAACAUCCUGGUGGACAAGGAAGGCAUGCCGGUCCUAAUCGACUUCGGGUCCGCCCGCGAGAUGGGUGCUAAACUUGGAACCAGCCGGGGGACCAAGGGAUGGAUCGAGGGGGAGAUGAAGGAUUAUCAUAUGUCAGACAAGCGCCAUGAUUUGUUUGCUAUCGACAAGAUUCGCUUGUGGUUGGAUGCCCCGAUGUUUAGCGAUUAG